AUGCAGAGAUUGCUGCAACGCUUGCGGGAGGUGGACUGGGUCCAAGUGCGACGAGAUGCCCAUAUAACUUUCACAAAACUCAUUCGUACCAGAGAUCCGAGAGAUUCAGAAACUGCUCAAGAACUAACUGUGCCAAGCAAACAACGUUUAUCGCGAUGUCUAACCACCAUGGACCUCACGUCACUCGGGGUCGGAUCUUGCGUCGGCACGGGGAUGUACUUAGUGGCCGGUAUGGUUGCUCGCAAGUUUGCAGGGCCUGGUGUGGCUCUAAGCUUCAUUAUCGCAGCACUAGCUAGUAUCUUUUCUGGGCGCCACGAGCCUGAGUGGGCUUGCGGCUGUGUUACCGUACAUGUACCGAUUGCAAGUGCUUGUAUCGGUACCAGUGCCUGUGCUCGCGCUCUGAGUGCAUGCUUUGAUUCUCUCUGCGAUGGAGCAAUCGCCCGCUACCUAGCAUCCGGAAUUGGGACAAUAUUUGGUAAACCACCAGAUUUCCUUGCUUUCGGUAUCUCAAUUCUAAUGACAAUGGUAUUAGUUGCGGGAGUGAAGAAAUCACUUUUCUUUAACAAUGUCUUGAAUGCUAUUAAUCUCAGCGUAUGGGUUUUUAUCAUUACUGCCGGCCUGUUCUACGCUGAUCUCACUAACUGGACUGAGCACAAGGGAUUCUUGCCAUAUGGUUGGAGUGGAGUGUUUAGUGGUGCAGCGACUUGUUUUUACGCCUUUAUCGGGUUCGAUAUCAUUGCCACCACUGGAGAGGAAGCUAACAACCCAAAAAGAUCCAUUCCCUUGGCAAUAGUUCUUAGCUUGGGAAUCAUCUUACUUGCUUAUGUCAGCAGCUCCGUGAUGCUCACUCUAAUAGUGCCAUAUGACAAAGUGGACACGGACUCGGCGCUGGUGCAGAUGUUUGCCUACGUUCAGGCUCCGACGUGCAAGUACAUAGUCGCCGUAGGCGCGCUGGCUGGUUUAACCGUUUCAAUGUUUGGUUCCAUGUUCCCGAUGCCACGAGUUGUUUACGCCAUGGCUCAAGACGGACUGAUUUUCAAGCAACUUGCCGCUAUCUCAGACAAGACAGGUUCACCUGCUUUUGCCACCAUUUGUGGUGGUAUUGCUGCAGCCUUCGUUUCUCUUGUAGUACAACUUGAAGUACUUGUAGAAAUGAUGAGCAUAGGGACCCUUCUAGCAUAUACUUUAGUAUCAACUUGCGUGCUAGUACUACGAUAUCAACCACAUUCUACUAAUCUGAUCGAGCUUUUACCGCAAAGCCUCCGUACUCCGGUCGACCCCGAAGCGUCCGCUGCACAAAGAGAAACUACAUUUGCUGUGCACUCUCAAACUCAAAUCAUGCCUCCAAGUCAACGUGUGAUGGUUCGACGUGUCACUCGAAGUUCCCCGGAUUCUGAUGACUCCCUCCCUGGUGAUGAAAGUGAAGAAUUUGGUCGAGACGAUACUUUUCUUAUGAACCCUCACACAGAAAAUAAGUUUUAUGGAGCAGUUCCUGGUGGUUCGUCUAUUAGUUCUACACAUUGCGGACGUUUCUUCGAUGCUCUUUCACGUCAACUACACACAAUGUCGUAUCUUUGUCCUGGGCUCUUUCCAUGGGUCGAUUGCGGACCUGCCACCGAUAUGAGUGGAAUGUUCGUGAUCAAAUCGGUCGGCGUCAUGUACGUAUUGGUUAUUAUUUUCGACUUGUUCGCUGCGUACGGCAAUCCCGGAACUUCUACUUUUACGGCCGUGAUGAUGUUUCUUCUGAUCCUUGGUAUUAUUUUUAUCUUGCUGAUGAUUUCAAGGAAACCACAAAAUCGGGUCGCCCUUAUGUACACUACUCCCGGUUUACCCUUCGUGCCCGCAACUGCCAUCAUCGUCAACAUUUAUUUGAUUCUCAACCUCUCAAUCCUAACUUUAGUCCGAUUCACUAUUUGGAUGAUACUUGGUUUAAUAAUGUACUUCAAAUAUGGUAUCAAAAAUUCUACUCUGGAGACUAAUCCACCAGCGGCUCCUGCAUUUACACCACCCCCUCCAAAUCCCUUAGAACGAACUAUGAUACCUCCAGCCGUUAGCGAACCCCGCCCAGUGGGAGAUCGGAACAUUUUCGAAGGAGACGGAAUCAAUGGGAUGUUUGGCUUUCACGAUCAAUAUUCAGAUCCGCUGCUUGCCUGGCAUGUGACGGAAUUGGAACCAGUGCCAUCGAGCAGCCGUAUGUCCAGUGGUGACACUACUUACAAACAAGUGGAAUCUCGCUACAACGCGAAAACGAAUAGUACAUCCUCACACACCUCGUGCCGUCCACCUUGGGCCUACCCUGACGCAGCCUAUGGCAAUUGGGACGAUUAA